AUGAUGAAUGAUCACGAUCGCUUCAGUCAAUCGUCCUAUGGCGACCCGAGGUAUCUGUCGUCGACCUCCUUUGAGAGCCCUUCGGCACCGCCAACCAGGGUUCUUAUGGAUGGCUACCGGGAGGCCUUGAAUCCUCAUAAUGCGGAGAAGUCGCGAUAUGAUCCACUCAACCUGACUCUACCCCGAAGCCCAGCUCUGUUGAAUCCCAAUGACCCCGUCGCCAUGUACCUGCUCACUGAAACCGCCAUCGGCGACAGUAUGAAUUACGAGAUUCUAUCGUUGGAGGAAGUCGAAGCUCUGAAGAAGGAAUACACCGUCUUGUCCAGUCGCCUCAAUGCGACCAAACGGAAAUUGGCGCUGGAGAUGAAGCUACGCGAUGCGGCUCUGUCGCUCAGCAGACUAUACACUCCAACCGGCACGAGAGACAGCGAACAAUACUACUCGAGCACUUCGCCGGAGUCUCAUCGCGGUGACUUCGAACGCGGCCCUCUCGACAAAACGGACGAGGAGCUGGCUGUGAGCACGCGGAAAUGCGAGAAUCUGGCCCAUGAAAUCUGGAACUUGGAACGCAAGGCGCAGCAUCUACGUCAGAGAUUGGUGGAGCAUACCGCCGGCGUCCUGCAGAUGACACAUAAAGGCUUGAAGAAGAACAUGAAGGAUGUCCCGCAUACCCCGGAGAGCCUGUCCAGCCACAAUACCCGCGCGAGCGUCGACGAGUUUGACGACCGAAGCCUAUACAAGACGUCCGACAACCUCGACGAACUAGCUGGGUUUGGGGCACGGGAAUUGCUUGGGUCCGAUGCUAUCCACGACACGGAGAAGAAACUGCAGGUAUUGAGUGAACGACUGCGUGACACGAUUCUCCAGCUUCAUCCCGAGGCUGAUCAUGGCCCAAUUCCGCAACCUUCGAGUGACAGAGGCCCAGUCAGCUCAACGGCGACGGUCGAAGCCCAUUUGGCUUAUAUCGAGAACGGGUUGAGCAUCGUCGCGGCAAACCCAAGCGAAACACCUCGCGCUCUAGAGCAGGACCCUGGUACGGAAAAUGAUCUGAGAGAGAUCAACACCCGACUACACCACGUCGUAGGACAAUCGGGGUUGUCUCGGUCGCAGGCCCUUGUUCCUCCACCAGAUUCAUCCUCUGACGGGCUCAAAGCCCAACUCGACUAUCUGAGUCUCAGUAUCGAUGAUAUUCACAAACAAAUCGAGAAGCUUCUUGAACAAAAAAGCAUCUUGACCACCCAGAUUCAACAGCAGCGGGAACUGAACUCCAAAUCAGAUGCGGAGCGAGACGCACACAUUGCUGAUCUGGUCGAGCAAAUAGCUCAUAUUCGGAGGGAUCUCGAGCUAUCAGAACAAGAAGGCCAGAAAGCAAAGCAAGAGUUGGAAUUGACCAUUCAACAAAUAGCUCAUACUCGGAAGGAUCUCGAGUUAUCAGAACAAGAAGGCCAGAAGUCAAAGCAAGAGUUGGAAUUGACCAUUCAACAAAUAGCUCAUACUCGGAAGGAUCUCGAGUUAUCAGAACAAGAAGGCCAGAAGUCAAAACAAGAGCUGGAGUUGGCCAUUCAACAGUUAGACGAGCUGCGCCGCGAAAAUGCCGGUCUACAACAACACAAAAGCGUCGCUGACGAUCAGGCGACCGCCUUGGCCUUCGAGAAACAAGCUCGAGCACAGGCUGAAGCUGAAAUGGCAAGUCUCCAGGCCAUCGUACAUGGUCUGCAGCAGCAGAAGGGUGCCCAGGGAGAGGCCCAUGAGGCCCGUGUGCAAGCUGAACAAGAGGCUGCUCGUUUAGAAUCCCAACUCGAACAGCUUCGGUCGGAGACUGUUUCUCAUACAGAAGAACUCACUGCUGCUCGCCUCAAGGCAGAUAGUGAAGUGGCGCGUCUGCAGAACGUGAUCGACCAACUUCAUCAGGAGGCAGAUGCCAGGGCGGAAGAGGCUACUGAGGCCCGCGAUCGUGCAGAGCAACAAAUACUCCAGCUUGAGGAGACCAUACAGCAUGUCCGCGACGAGGCUGAUACACGGGUGACAGAUGCUCUAGAAUCUCGUGCUGUCGCGGAAGGCGAAGUCGCCCGUCUGGAUGCUUCGAUCCAACAGCUCCGGACAGGCAUGGAGUCUCAGAUCAGAGAAUCAUCGGAGGCGCGCGCACAUGCAGAGGAGCGUUCGACUCACCUGCAGGCCGAGUUGGCCGCGGCAGAAGGCGAACUGUCCCGGCUGCAGGGUACUAUGGAACAACUUCAGAAAGACAUGCAGACACAGCUCAAUGAUGCAAAUGAGACACGCACAACCGCGCAAGACAGCGCGAAGCGCCUACAGACCGAACUUACGGAGAUGGAAGGCGAACUGGUCAGGGUACAGACGGAGUUGACGAUGGCGAAGGCGGAGCUUGAUGGAGCAUACGGUAGCAGAUCCGAACGAGCAGCAAAAGUAGCUGUCAACCCAGCGAUCCAGAAGGAAUUGGAUGCUUUGAACACCAGGAAUCUGGAGCUCGCAGAGGAGCUGGCAGCUCUGAAGGCCGGAAAACCUGGCAGUAGCGAUCUGCAGCAGCGGGUGCAGAUGCUGGAACGAGAGCUCCGAGAAACUAUCGACGACUACGAAGUCAUGACCAAGGCCAGCAUUGAGUUCGAGAAAGAACGUGAGAGGUAUGAGGGUAUGAUUGACGGGCUACGGGACCGCUGCGAGCAGUUGGAGACGCAGCUCAACGAGGAGCGGAUCAACUGGAUGGGCAUGAUGAAUAACGCAGUGGGACAAAACGGCACUUACGAGACCACGUCCACAAUGGUGCUGAAGAACGAGUUCAAGAAGAUGAUGCGGGAUACUCGUAUCGAGAAUAUGAAGAUCCUCAAGGCGGAGCAAGAGGAACGGAGGAGACUCGAGGCUUUCAUUCGGACACUGAAGAAAGAACAAACAGCGAGCAACGGCAAGUCGAGUCUCAACCACGGCGUCACGGCCUUAUGA